AUCGCGUUUAAAUACGCUGAGCUCUGGGACGUCAUCAACGGCACUGAAAAACGUGCCACACGCUCCGAUACCAAAGCUUUCGACGCGCAGGAUACAAAGGCUAUGGUCAUGCUCCUCAGCUCCAUCGAUAAGGACCUCACUAUGAUGGUGACUUCUUGCGAAUCCGCUGCGGGCGCAUGGGCGUACCUGGCUGAGCAAUUCGAUCGCGAUACCGGAAACCUCACUAUAUACCAGUUUCGGUCCCUCACCUCCCUGAGAUAUCGCGACGGCGAGGACCUCAAGCUACACACUAAUACUUUCCAUCAGCUCUGGGUAAAGCUCCAGAAGAAAUGCUCAUCGUCAAAUUAG